UAAUGCUUACCACAAAGCAUGUUUAUGUAAGAUGGAAUUCUGGUUGUAGCCCUUGUACAUUUUUUUUAUAUAUUUUUUUAUGAAAGAGCUCAAAAAAGCGUUUCUACGCUCUUUUAGAACUUGCACAUUUUGUUUCAUUAUUCCUCAACUGAAGGUAUAGCACCUGAAAGCAAGCAAGAAAUCUCAAAUAUCAGAAUUUUACCUUCAACUCAGGAUAUUUAAUUGUAUGAAGAUAAAUUGAUUUUUUUAAGUUCUUGGAAAAGGCGAUUUGAACAAGUAUGUCGCUUCUAAAAUGGGAUGACUAAAUAUAUCAGAAACCGAUUUUUGAAAAUCGGUUUCUGACGGUGAAAGACUAUGAAAUCGGUGAAAGACUAUGAAACUCAAACUGUGAAAAAAAUAUAUUUGAUUUAAUGAUAACUCCGUAACUCAAGUAAUGAUAACUCCGACCAAGCCGAAGGAAGAGGAUGACGUUGCCACAAAGCAACAAUUAUUGAUGAAUAUUAAGGAAGAAUUGUGGUGAGCGGAGAGUAUGAAAUUCCAAUUUUGAGUUGUGUAGCAGAUUUAUUGAAGAACCUUACAGUAUUGUUUGUAUUUUUGUCAAAUUCCAGAAGGUGUAUGGAAGUAAUGAACAGAACAAAUAUGUCGAUUCUAAAAUAGUAUGAGUGAUUGUUCAAAAAGAUUGAAAUUUAAAAGUGUUUUCAUCAUGGCACCAUCAAAAUUCAGUUAUGAAUAUAGAUAGAAAAUUUAAGCGCUCUUAGUAUUUUUAGAGAACAAGCCAGUCGCCUGAAAUAGCUAGUGUUAAAUGUAUGAUCUAAAUGCUUUCUUCGUUAACGGGUGCUAUCUUAUCAAGUUGAAUAUUUGAGAAGAAAAAUUUUUUAUGCUAUACAUGCAAUGGAAAUAUGUUGUCGAUUUCAGAUUUUAAAGGAUAAUAUACUAACUAGAUAAAUACAAAUAAUUCAUUUGUGGCAUAUGAAUCAGAUCGCUUUGUCAGAAACAAUACUUCAUUAUAAAACAGAAAUCUCGCCAAUGUCACUUAUGGAUUUGUGCAAAAAAAGGCGAAACAUUUUCUUUGAAAAGAUUAUUUUAAAGAGUCAUUUGCUAACACAUGUGAAAGUAAAACCUUAUCUUUGUAAUACUUACAGUGAGGCAUUUUCUAAUCAAAGCAAUUUAAGGUAAGAUUUCUGCUCGCCCACGAAAGAAAUGUGCAGUGAAUCGUAUUCUCAGCAGGCAAGUUUAAAGACGUAUUUAAUGACGCAUAUGAAAGAGAAACCGUAUGUUUGUGAUGUCUGUAAUAAAGCGUUUUCUCAACGAAUUACCUUAAAGACCCAUUUAUUGACUCAUACGAAAGAAUCCUUAUACGAAGAAAAACCAUAUGCUUGUGAUGUGUGCAAUAAAAGAUUUGCUGCACCAAGAAAUUUAAAGACACAUUUACUGACGCAUACGAAAGAGAAACCAUAUGUUUGUGAUGUCUGUAAUAAAGCAUUUUCUCAACAAGGAAAUUUGAAAUCACAUUAUGUGACGCAUACACAUGAGAAACCAUACAUUUGUGGUAUUUGCAAUACGUCGUUUUCUCAGAUGAGGUUUUUAAAAUCACAUUUACGGACGCAUACGAAAGACAAAUCUUAUGCUUGUGACGUGUGUAAAAAAGCGUUUUCUGGUCGAAGCAGUUUAAAAAGACAUUUAGUGUCUCAUACGGAAGGGAAAUCGCACGUCUGUAAUAUUUGCAAUAAGGCAUUUUCUCAGAUCCACUAUUUAAAGAUACAUUUACGGACGCAUACGAAUGAGAAAUCUUAUGUUUGUGAUAUGUGUAAUAAAGGAUUUUCUGUAAUAGGAAAUUUAAAGAGACAUUUAAGGAGGCAUACAAAAGAGAAACCAUAUAUCUGUGAUGUGUGUAAUAAAACGUUUUCUGUAUUGGUAAAUUUGAAAAGACAUUUACUGACCCAUACAAAAGAGAAAGCGCAUGUUUGCAAUAUGUGUAAUAAAGCCUUUUCUCUGAAGGGGAAUUUGAAAUUACAUUUACUGACCCAUACAAAAGAAAAGUCGUAUGUUUGUGAUGUGUGCAACAAAGCUUUUUCUCUCAAAGGAAAUUUAAAGAAACAUUUACUGACGCAUACGAAAGAGAAACCAUAUAUUUGUGAUAAGUGUAAUAAAGCGUUUUUUCAACAAUCAAAUUUGAAAACACAUUUACUGACGCAUACGAAAGAGAAACCGUAUAAUUGUGAUGUGUGUAAUGAACCGUUUUCUUAUCGAAGCACAUUAAGGAAGCAUUUAUUGACGCAUGCGGAAAAAUCUGUAUGUGUGUAGUAUCUUCAGUAAGGCAUUUUUCCUGAUUAUAAUUUUAAAAACACAUACGUAGAAGAACCCAUAGGUUUGUGUAUAUGCAAUAAAGGGUGUUCUCAUCAAAGCAUUUUAAGCAAACAUUUAAAGAAAGACCCAAGUUGUGACGUAUGUAAUAAAGCGUUUUCUUAACCAGGAAAUUUUAAAAGACAUUUAAUGGCCUAUCUUCUUUAUGAGCACAACACACAACAGCCCCUUGCAGACCUUGGCUGCCUCAACCACGCGCACUUUCCAGCGCUUUCUAUUUCCCGCAACUCCCUUCCAGUUCUUUAUCCUCAGAACAUUCAGAUCUCUUUCCACAUCAUUCAACCAUCUAAUUGGAGGUCUCCCUGUCAUCCAGGAUCCCAUAGGAUUUUUAAAAGUGGAUAUUUUGAAGGCGCUGUUUUCUGGGCUUCUCCAGAUACGGCCAGGACAUCUUAAAUUAUUGCUCCGAAUAACCAGUGUUGCUGUGGUUGCUUAUAGAGUUUGUAUAAUUCAAAAUGGAAUCUUGUUCGCUUACAUCCUCUCUCUAGUACUGGGCCAAAGACAGUUUUAAGCUUCUUUCUCUCGAACAUGUUCAGAGAACGCUGAGUGUUUACUGGCCUAUGCGAAAGAGAAAUUAUAAUUUAACGGGAUGUUCUAUAUUUUUUAUAUGCAUAUAUUUUUAAAUUUUUUUUAAAAAAGAAACAUUUGUUGACCCACUUAUAUUAUAACAAAAUGAUGAAGGUCCUUUUUUUCCCCCCGUAUAGGCUUUUUUCCUUGAAGUUUUAUUUAAUUAUGCCUUUACUGGUGUAUACAAAUACAUCGAA